AUCAUGAGGAUCGCCCUCAUGAAACAGGAAGACUAAUUCCUCUUCUUCACAUCAGACAAAUCUCAUUAUCGACUCAAAAUGGUUUCAAAACCUUCUGCAGUCGGUCCAAAAGCCUUCAUCUUAUCAGCCCUCACCAUAGGUCUAGGUGUUUUCCUCGCCCGCCCCAUUAAUCGCGUCACAACCGUUCUCGGCUUCUUCCGCACCCCAUCCUCCACCGUAGUCUCUGAUGCAGACUUCAUAACCAUCGACGACACAAUUGUCUGCGAAGACGUGCAUCUUCACUCUGGUUUACUCUACACAGCUUGUGAAGAUUCCUACGCACCGCGGUUCUCGUGGUUUCCUGGUCUGGGCGUUCUGCAUGAUCCCCUCACGGCUAGCAAGUCGCGUGGGUCUAUCCACGUCAUAGACCCCAAGACGUUUAAAUCGAAAAGAUUAGAAUUUGAGGACUUUGAGGGACCUUUUAUCACGCAUGGUAUUGAUGUUAUUGCUGAUCCUAAGGAUGAGAAUGGGGUUUAUAUUUUUGCUGUGAAUCAUGUUCCGAAUCCUGAGUACCUUCAGCAUGUUGUGGAUGGGAAGAAAGAUGAGUUUGGCGGAAACAAAGCUGCUUCUCGGGUUGAGAUCUUCCAUCAUCGUGUUGGAUCUUCUUCGGUUAAGUAUGUCCGAUCAAUCAGUCAUCCUUUGAUCCAGACUCCAAACGACAUUGUUGCUCUGUCCCCGACAAGCUUUUACGUCACGAACGAUCAUCAUUAUCGCGAGGGUCUUAUGCGACAGGUCGAGGAUAUGUACUAUGGUGCAAAAUGGUCAAACACGAUCUAUGUUGAAAUCACCGAUACCACCUCCAAGGAAUCGACAUCAGGAUUCAAUGCUUCCGUCGCUCUGACAGGCCUUCAUAACAACAACGGUCUCGACCACGGACGAGCUCCCAACGAAAUCGCCAUUGGAAGUGCAGCUAGCGGAGAUAUCCACAUAUCCACCGUCAAACCCGACCAUAGCAUCCAAGUCCUAGAAACAAUCCCAUUCGACGCAGCCGUCGAUAAUCCCUUCUACUACGCCGAUCCAUUCGCUAGUGGAGACAGCGACAGCAGCGGUUAUGUCUCCGCUGGUCUUUCAAAGGCCUGUGAGCUCGCAAACAACAUUGGCAUCGACACUGCUACUGAACCAGUAAUGGUCUGGCUCGCACAGCGAAAGGAUGGAAAGUGGGAGAAGAAGCUUCUUUUUGAAGACGAUGGAAAGAGACUGAGGUCUGCGGCUACAGCUGUGUUGAUUGGUAUUGACCCAAAGCUUGAGGGGGGUAAGAAGAAGGGUUGGUUGUUUGUCACUGGAUUCUAUUCACAGCAUAUAGCUGCUGUCAAGGUUGAUCUAUGAUGGCCUCCUGUUGGUGGUGGCAACGGAUGAGGCUCAUCACUAGCAAAUAUUGUAUCAAGAACUGAUAAGGCAAAUACUUUAAUCGGUUAUUGAUUGGAAGACGGAGAAUUUUGGCGGGUUACGGAAACUUGUCAAAGGCCGACAUAUACGCACAAGGGCCAUGUCAAAGGCUUGUUACGUCAUCCAUA